AGAUCACAAAAAGCAAAUAUAAAUUCCACAAAUAAAGGAACAACACUAAUUUACUUUCUUGAUUUUCCGAUGGCUACUCCGGUGAAAGUGUACGGACCAACUUUAUCAACUGCAGUGUCAAGAGUUCUAGCUUGUCUUCUUGAAAAAAAUGUCCAAUUUCAGCUCAUCCCUGUUAACAUGGCAAAAGGGGAACACAAAAAACCUGACUAUCUCAAAAUUCAGCCUUUUGGUCAAGUUCCAGCUUAUCAAGAUGAGGACAUCACUCUGUUUGAAUCCAGAUCUAUAAAUAGGUACAUAUGUGACAAAUAUGGAAGUCAAGGUAACAAGGGAUUAUAUGGAACAAACCUGUUAGAGAAAGCAUCUAUAGAUCAAUGGAUAGAGGCAGAAGGACAAAGCUUCAAUCCACCAAGUUCAGUUCUUGUAUUCCAGCUGGCUUUUGCACCGCGAAUGAAGCUCAAACAAGACGAGAACUUGAUCAGACAGAACGAAGAGAAGCUCAAAAAAGUACUUGAUGUGUAUGAAAAGAGGCUCGGAGAUAGUCAGUACUUGGCUGGAGAUGAGUUCACAUUGGCCGAUCUCUCUCACCUUCCAAACAUUCAAUACUUGGUGAACGGAACAGACAGAGCAGAGCUCUUCACUUCAAGAGAGAACGUGGGAAGGUGGUGGGGUGACAUAUCCAACCGAGAGUCAUGGAAGAAGGUAGUUGAAAUGCAGACCUCACCCCCUCCUUCCUAGGACUUGUUGAAAUCGUUUAUUGUAUCGUUGUGUAGUUUGUGACAUUGCAGUUUUCUUUUCCCCAGACCCCACUCGUGGGAUUACAAUGGGUAUGUUGUUGUCGUAGACUAGCUACACCCUCACCUACGGGUUGAAUAAAGACAGUUUCCCAACAAUACAUCAAGGUGAUUAUCCAGGAAACUGUGUAAUGAACAUCCACAAUAUGAUGUAUUUAUAACACAGACCAUCUUAUAAGCAUGAGAAUCGAUCUACGAAAA